CUCCUCAGGGAAUUGCGUCUGACGCUCUGAAACAGGAGACAGCGAAGAAUCAGGCCCUUUCAAUCCGCCCCUUGCGCGGCGGGCUCUGAUGGAUGGCUUAGCGGUUUCGGGUUUCGAGAAGGUCGGCGAAAAGCCUUGCUACGUUGCCUAUGAAAGCGAUGAACUCACGCUGGUGUAAAAGUAAUUGCGUGAUUUUAAAAUGUUCUCUGGAUCAAAAAUUACAGAAGAAUCCUUGUAGUGGAAUUCAGAGAAACACCGAUCUUAAUACAAUGGAAUCUUGUUAAGAAAAGAAAAUGUGGAUGCAUCAGCAAGAGAAACUGUUGUCUUAUAAUGGGAUACUGCUUCUUUUCCAACUAUCAAGAGGGAACAAUUCACAGAGUGAUGAUACCACAAUUACUACAUUGCAUGUGAAAAGAAUGACAUUUGACAAUGGCACUAGAUUGUUUAAUGAGGUGUCCACUGGAUCAUUUUGCAUAUAUGGUGAAGAUAUUGAAAUUAUUCACUGCAACAAUGCAUCUGAUUUCAGAACUGGAAUUCUUCACCCUUGCGUUCUUUUGAAAAAGAACAAAAAGAAAAAAAUUAAAUAUAUGCUAUUGUUAGUUCAUACCCAUAAUAAAUUUGAACUGAUUCUGCAGUUUAAAUUAGACUAUGCAAUCAAAGAACCUGUAAAAUUAUUGGCUGGUCCAACAAUAAUAUGGUAUUAUGAAGGACAUCUGUUACAUAUUUCUCCCCAAACUGGCACUGUUUUAUGUGCCCCUAUUCAGUUUUCUUCUGUCCAAUGGGCUGGUCAAGUUAAGGAUGAGGGUAUAGUUGUUUUAGGAACCAGAGCUGCUGGUUUUCCAGGAGACAAUAAGCAAAGUAAUGCUAGGUCAGACCUGGCCAUCUGGGGAUAUGAGUGUUUUGCAUAUGGAGUUGACAAACAAAAAGUACUAGUGAAUGCUAGUUUCUUGCCUCACGCUUAUGGCAGUGUGGUGCGUUGUGUAUAUGUUUGCAAAACUGAAGUAAAAAGAAGUAAAUUUAAGACGUCACUGAUUGCAGUUACUUGUAAAGGCCAAUUGAUUUUCUUCGAAGAUGGUUGGCCUAAACACUUUCUGCAGCUUCCAUAUGAAAAUCCUUUUUCAGUAGAAAUAGCUGCAGUGGGUGGAGAUCGUAAAUUGGUGAUCGUGACGUUUGCUUUCGGAGAUGUAUGUGCUAUAUGGAAACAUAACUUGCAGGUGGCUUCUUGCUGGAAGAAUGUGAAAUCUGUUCUGGUAGAUGAUUUUGCUGGUAUUGGAACUGAACAAAUCUUAGUUUUUUUAAAAAGUGACUCUAUUUCAGAAACAUUAAAGGCGUUUCAAAUAACAGAUUUUGGAAAUAUUAAUUAUGAGAAUAAUAUAAAGUAUGAAAAUGACUGUUAUGCUGAAGAGAUACAAGAGAAUCGCCUUCUUACUAUCAAAGCACUUGAAGCACGAUUACAGGCUGGUUUUGCAUCUGUUCGAGCCAUUCAACAACAUUUACGCCUCAAAGAAAAAGUUUUGAUGGAAAGCUGUCGUGCAUUAUUAGAUCUUGUUCAAGACUGGAAACAAAGAAUUCCUAGGAUCAAAAAGGAAAAUCUUGUUUCUCUUUGGGAUGAAACAGAGGAAGAAUUUCAUAAUGGUGUAUUGACUCCAACUGAAGAUGAAGAACAAAUUGUAAAGAAGGUUUGGUAUCGUGUGGUGGAUGAUCAGUUAAUAGUUGGAGUAGAAAUCAUGGAAACAUUCGACUUCAGGCUACUCAGUGAUGCCAGUUUAUCUCUGAUAAUUGGCCAGAAGCACCAUUUACUUUCUCCAUCAAAAUGCCACUGUAGAGUAGUUACAGUGACGAAAGCUUCAGAGGCUGAGCCUCUAUCAUGUUGGCACUUUGAACCAUUGCCCAAAAAAAUCAAGUUAAGUUGCCUUAAUGAAGAAAGCAAGUGCAAUGGAAAAGACUCAGAAGUGAAGAGGAAUAAGGCAAAAGCCAUUACAGCAGUUACCCAUCUGUCCCCUUUCUUGGCAUGGCAUGAAAUAACUUGCGUGGUACUGCUUCAUGCGAAGAAAAGCAGUAACAGUGAAAACUGGCAGAAAAGCAAAAGAUUGACUUUGCUAUGUGGAGAUUUUUUACUAAGUCUGGUAGAGAUUUCUACUGGAAAACUUUCAAUAAAUAUGAAAGAGUAUCCAGGUUCUACAGAAGAUCUUUUGGCACUCUGUGCAAUAUCACACAAAUCCUCUUUCCAAAUAAUCUCCUCUGACUGCACAUUGCUUCCAGUAAACAAGCGUCUAUUGGAACAAAUGGAGUGUACACCAAUCGAGAACUAUCCAGGUUAUAUGGUCUGCUGGAAAUCUGGAAAUCUGAAUGGCACUCUUUUCAAGUGGAAUCUAAAAACACCGUUUGAAGGAUUUUUAACAGUAUUCUGCAGACAUCAACUUGCCUUGUUCCAAUGCCUUCAUGCCUUCAUUGGAUUGCUACCACCAACUUGCAAGAUAAAAUUACUGAAGUUAGGAAAUAAGAAUCUACUUGCUGAACGGCUUGGACUGACUUUAAUAAAAGAAACAGAAUUUUUUCAAAAUAUUUUAUUGUCAGCUCUGAGACAAACUGAAAAUAACUUUUCUCUGAAAAAUGAAGGAAACAAAGAAAAUAAUAGUGCCUUCGCAGUUGAAUAUUUCAAAGAAGCAUUUAUAAAGGAACAAAAGCAAAGUAUGCUGAAUAUGAAUAGAACAGUGAGUGGUUCCUUAUUCAGAAAGCAUAUUUUGAAUGUGUUUGAUUUGCAGAUGAAUUCUGACAUGAUGUCAUGGUUAUGCUCUUCAUUCUGACUUUAUUUUGCAGUAUUUAUUAACUAGAACUAUAAUUAUAUACAAGUCUACAUUUAAUUAGUCUGUAAGAUUUAAAAAAACUAAACCUGCUUGUGUUUUAGUUCUAUUUCUAGGAAUUUCUAUUACAAGAAAAUUAUUAUGCAAAAAUUUCAAGGGCUAUGGGCAAUUAUUACUUGGCUAAGCAGACAUACGUUUACCAAUAUAUAUGCAUUUCUCAUAAUUCUAUAUUCACAUAUUGCUUUAUUCUAGAACAGCAGUUAGGAGUCUUUACAGGAGAGGAGGAGGAUAGAGUGAAAUACUUGAUUUGAUACCAUUUACAGAUAAAGAAUGAUAUAGUGGCAUACCCUGACAUUUGCUAUAAUCAACAUUGAAUUUUCUAAAACGUAUUAUCUAGGAAAAAAUCCUGCAGCGGAUAGCUAUAUUAGAAUGAUUAAUAGGUACCUUGUUGCAAUGAGAUACUAACAGCAGCUAUCAAUUGUUCAGUUAUUUUUGUAUAGAUAACAUUUGUCACAACAGGAAUGAUGCAUGAGUACUUUAGAUUCAGUAUUCAGGAUAAUUUUUUCCAGUUAAUAUUCAAUAUGGAGUUUUUAUAUAUGGAAUGCUGUGGGUGGCCACUGAGAAUUAUAUUAAGGAUACUCUUAAAUACUAUUGAACAAAUAGGAGAACCUGCAUAAGAACCUGCUGCAUGAGUAAAUUAAAUUAUUAUCUCAUGAGUACGUUCCGUUUGUAUCUAUUGUAUUCACUACAAAUAUAACAAAUAUUUUAUCUUCAUGUUCUUUUUAAGAUAUUAUGUUUAAUGUCAGCAUACAAUGUAUAUUUAGGUUCAUACUGUACAUACUAAUAGUAAUCAGCAUUCACAAUUGAUCCUAUACUAGUUUACCUAUAGCUAUAAUAAUCUUAGGGGAUGCGGUGGCUCAGGGGCUAGGACGUUGAGCUUGUCAAUUGAAAGGUCGGCAGCUCAGCGGUUCGAAUCCCUAGUGCUGCCGUGUAACGGGGUGAGCUCCUGUUACUUGUCCCAGCUUCUGCCAACCUAGCAGUUUCGAAAGCACGUAAAAAUGCAAGUAGAAAAAACAGGGACCACCUUUGGUGGAAGGUAACAGCGUUCCGUGCACCUUUGGCAUUGAGUCAUGCCGGCCACAUGACCACGGAGACGUCUUCAGACAGCGCUGGCUCUUCGGCUUUGAAACGGAAAUGAGCACCGCCCUCUAGAGUCGGCAAUGACUAGCACAUAUGUGCGAGGGGAAUCUAUACCUUAUAAUAAUCUUAAAAAUCUUUGGCUAUCUCUACAGCUUAGUAAUAAAAUAGUAUGGAAAUUGGCAGUGUGCUUUUUGUAAUCUUGUGCAUAGAAUAGUAAGGCAUGUUGUUCUGGCAGUUAUAGAACUUGAUAAUUACAAUUUUCACUUUUUCUUGAUCACCCUUAGAUUGCUGUGGGCAAAAUGCUAGUCAGACCUUGCUUCAGAUAAUUACAAUUUGUUAAAAUACAUUCAAAACAUACUUGGCACUACAAAAGAAAUAAAAUGCAAAUGUAUGGUCUAGCAGGAGUGUCAAACUCAUGUUGCCAUAGCGGCAUCACAUAAUAUUUCAGGACUUUUUCCCCCUUCACUAAACUGGGUGUGGCGUGGCCAGUGCUUGAUGCAUCCGGCCCGUGGGCUGGGAGUUUGACAGCCCUGGUUUAUAGCUUAAAGCAUAUUUAUCAGACCCUUGAUUUUAAAAUUCUUUUUCAAAAGAAUAAGUGGAUUGAAAAAAGCAAGUGAUUGUUGUGAUGAGGUGAAACCAUCAUUUCAGAAGCAUCUAGCUGCAGGUUCCAGAAUGACUUUGAAAAAAUUAAUUGGAAAUAUUAAACUUUCCAAUUGUUCCUAUAGUUCUUCACUUUUUUGCUGUCUUCUGUUUCAUGGCCAAAGAAUAUCUUUCUACCUCUAUCAAUACUCAAGCAUUGGCCUCUGAUUUUAAAGAUCCUUUGGCAACUGAUAAGCAAAUUUCACAUUCAGAAAAUAAUUUCAUGUUUUCUGUGAUUUCAGCCUACAAACCUAUAUCUUUUAAUAUUUCUCUUAGGAUAGUUAUACUAAGCAUUUUCACUUUAGCAACUUUUAUCCAUUUAUUAUAUAUGAUUAGCACUAAUACAGCUAUCCAUACGUAAUAGUAAUGAAUGCAUUCAUUAACUAUAGAUGUUUAUGCAUCAUACGCAUACAAGAAAGAGGAGGUAAAUUUCUUGGAAUACUUAAUACUUUGCAGAAAUUUUCCUAAAAAUAGAAAAAUGCUAAGGAUCAUAUAUAUCUAAAAUAUAUGUAGAACAGCUCAGUGCACAUAUUCUGGAGAGGGAUAAAUUCCCUGAUGAUGGGCUCCAGUAUGAACCUGAAAGCUUGGAAGAAUAAAACUUUGGUCCUGGUGACUGACUCAGAUUGGAUCCUGCAACAUUAUCCUGACACAUCUAUAUUUACCUUCAUUCAUGACACUGAAAAUAGUUUAAUAAGAACCAGAUGUACACAGGAUAUAGCUUGCAGGCUGACCUUGGGGUAUGAGGAAGAAAAUAGAGCAUCUGGAUAGUAUUGCUGAGAUGUAUUUAUAUGGGUGAAAAUAUUUGAGCUUUGAAAAAGUGAUUCUGUGAAACUAAUUGCAAUUACUGUAAUUUAUCUGGAGACUUCAUUAUUUUCUAAAUUAACACAUCAAUAAAUCCAGCAGUCUUGUAUUGUGCUUUUAAUGGACUGCUUGGCUUAUUGUUUCCCAUUUCAGUGCACAUAAAUAUUUUUGCAGACUGUUAUCUCAAUAUGUGAGAUAAACUCCCGGAUAAUAAUUAUUUAGACGUAUAAUAUCCUGAUAGUACUUUCCCAUUACUCAAAGAAAGUUAAAACAAUUUAAAUAUAGAACUUCCAUUAUUAAGCAAUAUGGGACAAAGGAUAGGAUAGGAUAGGAAAAUGGAAAAGUUACUAAAUAUUUGAUAUAAUACUAGUUAAGUCUUAUUGUCUCUGGUCUUUGUCAGUAACAGUUGAGCCAGUUUUGCUUUUUAUUAAUCCAUGAAGGGAAAUACAUCCCUAGCACAUUAAUUAUAAUAAGCCAGUAACAACUUGUCUACUACAAAGAACACUGUAUGUAUUUUUUGUAAGUUGGGUUUCAAUUAUAUUUUUAAUUUUUUUAAAUAAAAGUUUUGUUUAUCCUG